AUGGAGGCGGAUCUCAGCAAGAAGAGGCACACUGUCCAACGGACCCGGCACACUCGCAAGGCUCCUCCGGGGACAGUGCUGGCUUUGAAACCCAGCCAGGCCCUCCAGAUCAAGCCCAACACGACGGUGGCAGAGGCGGCUCAAUUGAUGGCUGCCAAAAGGGAGGACUGCGUACUGGUAACUGACGAUGAUGACCGCAUUUCCGGUAUCUUCACGGCCAAGGACCUGGCAUUCCGUGUCGUGGGUGCCGGUCUCAGGGCUCGCGAAGUCACUGUUGCCGAAAUCAUGACCCCGAAUCCUCUGUGUGCUCGAACGGACACCAGCGCUACUGAUGCCCUCGAUCUGAUGGUCCGGAAAGGUUUCCGACACCUUCCGGUCAUGGAUGAAAACCAGGAUAUCUCGGGUAUCCUGGAUAUCACCAAAUGCUUCUACGACGCAAUGGAGAAGCUCGAGCGGGCAUACAGCUCGUCCCGGAAGUUAUACGAUGCUUUGGAAGGUGUGCAGUCCGAGCUCGGACAGAGCCAGCCCCAGCAAAUCAUUCAGUAUGUCGAGGCUCUGCGUCAGAAGAUGUCGGGACCGACUCUCGAGUCUGUCUUGGACGGCUUGCCUCCGACUACCGUCUCGGUUCGCACUUCGGUGAAGGAUGCGGCUGCUUUGAUGAAGGAGCACCACACCACUGCUCUGCUCGUUCAGGACCAGGGCUCGAUUACCGGCAUCUUCACCAGCAAGGACGUCGUUUUGCGGGUCAUCGCUCCUGGCCUGGACCCCGCAACCUGCAGCGUCGUCCGCGUGAUGACCCCUCACCCUGACUUUGCUCCAACUGACAUGAGUAUCCAGGCCGCUCUUCGCAAGAUGCAUGACGGCCAUUAUCUCAACCUGCCCGUCAUGAACGAGGCUGGUGAAAUCGUAGGCAUGGUCGAUGUGCUCAAACUCACCUAUGCCACUCUCGAGCAGAUUAAUUCCAUGAACAGCCAGGAUGAUGAGGGCCCUGCGUGGAACAAAUUUUGGCUGUCGAUGGACCACGAGUCCGAUUCGAUGGUCUCUGGUGGCAACAGCCAUCGCCCACACACUCCUCAUCACUCCGUCCUUAGCCCCGACCACUCGAAGCCUGGCUACGAGAGAGGGGACAGCGUCCUUCCGAAUGAGUCCGCCUCCCAUAUCGGGGAUGAAGCCCAUUCCGAGUUGUCACAUCUCCACGAAGAAAACACUCCAUUCCCUUUCAAGUUCAAGGCCCCUAGCGGCCGUGUCCACAGAGUGAACAUCCUUCCCGCUAGCGGUAUCGCAGAGCUUGUCUCCAGCGUCACCGCUAAACUUGGACCGGAAGUUGAGGCUGUUGGUGGAGCGCCGACCGUUGAGGAUGGCAAGCUCAGCAACACGGGCUACGCACUCAGCUAUCUGGACAACGAAGGCGAUACGGUUUCUAUCACGACCGACCAAGAUCUGGCAGAUGCAGUCAGCCAGGCAAGGAGGCUGCACCAUGACAAGGUCGACCUGUUCGUUCAUGACCCAGCCCAUCCACCGGUCCCGCCCACGGUUGAGCCGCAGCCCGCUCCGGCCAAAACAGCUGCUUCUCCCGAGUCGGAGCUGAGGGAGAGGGUUCAUACGGCCGUUGAGCCUCAUGAGCCCGAAGAGUACCCCAGAGCGACCAAAGAGAGAAGCCCCACCGUCACUCACCGUCCACAGGAAGAACAACUUAUUGCAGGAGUACCGAACGAGCUUUUGCUCCCUGGUGCCAUCGUGACCCUGGCGGCAGUUAUUGUUGGGGUCUUUAUCCUCAGCCGCUCCAGCAGCAGGUGA